AUGUCAACAUCAUUGGCUGAAUCUCUUGCAUUUAUCGCGCAAGAAAUAUGCAUUUAUUUUGGUAUUCCUCUACUCAUUGUUGGUAUACUUGGAGGAGUUCUCAAUAUUAUUGUAUUUCUAAGUCUUCGAACGUUUCGACAAAGUUCAUGUGCAUUCUAUUUAACAAUCAUGUCAAUUGUCAAUAUUGUUCAGUUAAUAACGGGUCUCUUAGCUCGUAUAAUGAUCACCGGCUUUGGUAUUGAUUGGACACAAACUUCAUUAAUCUUCUGUAAAUUAAGAUAUUUUCUUUUUCCAAUAGCUGCAUUAAUCUCAUUUACAUGUAUUACCUUGGCAACAAUUGAUCAAUACUUUGCAACUUGUUUUCGUCCUCAUUGGCAACAAUGGAGUAAUAUUCAAGUUGCCUAUCGUCUAACAACAAUAUUUAGUAUCAUUUGGAUUCUACAUGGAAUUCCAUAUUUGAUCUUUUUUAAUCAAAAUAUUUCGCCUACUACAGGGAAAAUCAUUUGUACAUCUACAAACAAUAUCUUUAUACAAUAUCGUUCUUAUUUUGUUACUCUUGUCCUUACAGGUGUUCUUCCUAUUGUUAUUACAAUUUUAUUUGGAUCCUUGGCGUAUUAUAAUGUGCGACGACUGGCUUAUCGAACAUUGCCUCUUGUUCGACGUGAACUCGACAAACAAUUGACAGUAAUGGUCCUUGCACAAGUUAUUGUCAAUGCUUUUACUAUUUUGCCAUACGCCAUUCUAGUGGCUCUUACACUGAACACGAAUCUGAUGAAUGAUCCUGUUAUUGCAAUAAGAAUACAAUUUACUGCUACUAUAACUACCUUAUUAUAUUAUACUAAUUUUGGGAGUCCAUUUUUUAUCUAUGUUUGUGCAUCCGAACGAUUUCGUCGACAAUUGAUUCAUGUGCUAUUCACGAUUUACUUCGAAAAAUGGCAACAACCAAGAAUGAUUGUUAAUCAAGUAGUACCGGAAUUGUAA